AUGGAGAUAUUGGUCAGAAUCAUAAGCUUUGUGGUGUUCUUGUUAGUGUCUGGUGCGGUGUUGUUGCUACUUAGCUCAAGCUCUGUUCACGGGUUGAGAUAUGGACCCUCUAAGAGAUUCUUUAAUAGUAGUGAUCAGUCUACCGUUUUGGGUCCCAACAUGACGUUUGAAAGUGGACAUAACAAAGCGCGAAGAGUGCAAGAAGGUAACGUAGAAGAAGGAGGUUGCGUAAACUGCGGAGGAAGAGAAAGAGACUGUGGAGAUUGUAGAGGUGAAGAUGGAAGCUGUAGAGGUUGUAAUGGAACAGGAGGAAGUCCGGGUGAUGGUGGAAGAGGCGGUCGUGAAGGAGGAGGAAGAGGCCGGGGAAGAGAAAAUGGCAAAGGAGAUGGGAAAGGACAAGGUGACAAUGGUGGAAAAGAAGAUUGCAAUGACCAUAAAAAGAAGAAAAGAGAUGAUAGGAACAACGGUGGUGGUGAUGUUAAUGGUGACGGUGUCGGUAUUGGUAUUGGUAUAGGUAUAGGAGGUGAACCUAGCCCUGGAACUGGAGGUGGUGGAGGUGGCGGUGGAGGAGGCGGUGGGGGAGGCGUAGGAGAUGGAUAUGGAUAUGGCCGUGGAUGGGGCGGUGGAUAUGGAGGAGGAGGCGGAGGAGGAUGGGGGUGGGGAGGAGAUAGCAACAGAGUAUGGGGUCCCGGAAACGGCGGUGGUUGUUGGUUUCGCGGUUGUGAUAAAAAGUCAACGAAAGGUCAACAUUAA